UCCUCAAUGGCUCAUCUGACAAAGAGGCAUAUGUGAGACACACAGAGUGUCUGCGUAUUGGUAGAUUUUUUUCCGAUCUGAUCUCGUCAGUAUGCUGGGGCUGCUGCUAAUUGCCUGCAUGCUGCUGCAGGCUGCAGACUCCAGAUACCCAGAUGAACCAAUUUAUCUUGUGACAGUGGCCUCCCAGAUAACAGGGGGCAGUACAGAGACAGUCUGUGCCCACAUUCUUCUUCAGAAUGGACCGCUCUCUUUUACACUUACCCUGGAAAUAGGUCCCAGUAAUACUACUCUCUUGGAGGAAUUCAUUAUGACAGAGUUCCAUCGCUGUUUACAUUUCCAGGUUCCUUCUGUUGUCACUAAUACCGUGGCAACCAUUGAUGCCUCCCUCAAGGGGGAAAAAACAUCUUUGAGCAAGAAGACCAAAAUCUGGAUCAAACCAAGCUCCUCUUUCACUAUCAUACAGACAGACAAGCCCAUCUACAAACCAGGACAGACCAUCAAGUUCCGUAUUGUCUCCCUGGAUUCUAGCUUCUUGCCUCAUGAGGAAGUGUUCCAGGCUAUUGAGUUGCAGGACCCUAAGUCAAAUCGUAUUGCCCAGUGGUUGAACCAAUCAAUCACCACUGGAAUUCUGGACCUGUCCCACCCCACAACGCCUGAGGCCAAGCAAGGCAACUACAUCAUCUCAGCCAGGACAAAGAGGGACGCUAUCACCACCCAGACAUUUGAGAUCAUAGAAUAUGUCCUGCCAAAGUUUGAGGUUACCGUCCUCUUCCCUGAUGUCAUAUUUGCCCAAGACAAAAACGCAACAAUAAAGAUUUGUGGGAAGUACACCUAUGGGAAGCCUGUCCUGGGUUCUGUUAAGGCCACAGUGUGCAUCAAUUCUCACUCAAGGUGGUAUCGGCGUGCUCAGUCUCUUCAAUGCAUGGACGUGUCUCCUGCGAGGACUGACAAGACUGGAUGUGCAAUAAUCUUUCUCAGUGUGACAUACGAGGUUCACCUUUCCCCAAAUACUCAAUAUAACCUUGGUGUGCUUGGCAAGCUGGAGGAAGAUGGAACAGGUGUUGUUUUGACAGGCUCUGGCAGUAAAAACAUAAUCACAGGAGAAAUUGAUAUUGAGUUUCAAGACACUCCAUCAUCUUUCAAGCCAGGAAUGAACUAUGAGGGAAAGAUCAUUGUGAAAGGUUUCUCUUCCUCUAUUGCCAACAAGCCCAUCUUCCUCCAUGGACCGAAGGGGGCUACAUGGACAUUGACCACUGACAGUGAGGGUGUGGCCCACUUCUCACUGGACACCAGUGGUUGGUUGGAAGAAAGGGCCCGCCUAAUUGCGAGUUGUAAUGAAGAGUCAACACAGAUACACAGCACAUGCUCAGCAAACCAUGUAGCCACAAUAUUUUAUUCGAAGAGCAAGAGCUUCCUGAGUAUCAAGCAUGCAAAAGAAUCACUUCUUUGUGAUCAGGACAACCAAGUCCUGGUGCGUUACAUCAUCCAAGGGGAGGAGCUUAAGGAUAAGAAAACUCUUGGCUUUUUCUACUUGGUUUUGUCCAAAGGGAGCAUUGUGCAGCACGGGCGUUCUGAAGUAAUGCUGAAUGAAGGAGAAGUUCAGAGAGGGGAGUUUUCUUUCUCCCUGAAGCAGACAGGAGAUCUGGCCCCUUAUGCCCAGGUGGUGGUGUACACAGUGCUGCCUGAUGGAGAGGUUGUGGCAGACAGCUUCGACUUUCCCAUCCAGUUGUGCUUCAAGAACAAGGUGUCUCUCCAGUUCUCCUCUACCCAGGAGCUCCCCGGAGGGAAGGUGUUUUUGGAGCUGCAGGCCCAGCCGGGGUCACUGUGCUCCCUGAGGGCCAUCGACCAGAGUGUCCUUCUCAUGAGACCAGGCAAGGAGCUGAGUGCACAGGAGGUGUAUGAGAAGUUGCCUGUCAAGAAGUUGCUUGGCUAUCCACGUAUUCUCCAGGACAGGGAUCCCUCUCCCUGCCUUUCCCUUACACUAGGGCACCCACAUAGGUUCUACCACCCACAUAGGUUCAGCCAUCGACGGGAAAGGCAUGCAACGGAUCUCUACGGCAUCUUUGAGGCAGUUGGUGUUAAAGCCCUGACCAACUCAGGCAUGAAAAAACCUGUUCCCUGCUUUUCCAUGGAGCUGGGGCGACGCACUAUGGGUUCAAAAGAAAAUUUGAUUCGAAGCGGAGGUUUUCCGAGGCCAUCUGUUCAUGCUAAACGCAUAAGGGUAAGUGGAGGUGGUCCCGGAGUGGCAAUUGAACCCAAGGAAACCAUUCGCACGUUCUUUCCAGAGACCUGGAUUUGGGACCUGGUACCAGUAGGAGAUUCAGGCAGAGUAACAGUGGAGCAGACCAUCCCGGACACUAUUACCAAAUGGGCAGCAAGUGGAUUCUGCAACUCUCCCGCAGGAUUCGGGCUGGCCACCAACACAAUCCUCACGGCCUUCCAGCCCUUCUUUGUGAGCCUGACGCUGCCAUACUCUGUCAUCCGUGAAGAGAUGUUCCCACUGAAGGCCACAGUCUUCAACUACCUCUCCAAGUGCAUCAUGGUGCAUGUCAGCCUGAGAGAGUCGGCACAGUUCACAAGCCAGCCGUGCGAUGGCUGCCAGUAUAAGCGAUGUCUCUGUGGUGAGGAGAGUGAGACCUUCACCUGGAUCGUCACCGCCACCACUUUGGGUCGGGUGAACAUUACAGUAAGUGCAGAGGCCCUGAACACUGAGGAGCUAUGUGGCAAUCAGGUGGUCACCGUGCCAGAGAGCGGACAAAUCGACACUGUUGUCCGUACACUGCUUGUGGAGCCUGAGGGCACUGAACAGACCAUCAGUCACAAUGCACUGCUGUGUCCUCAAGAGGGAGCUGUGGAGAAGGAUGUUUCUCUGGAGCUGCCAGAAGUUUUUGUGGAGGGUUCUGCCAAAGCCUUUCUUUCCAUCCUGGGCGAUCUGAUGGGCCGUGCCAUGAAGAAUCUGGACAGCCUGUUGGCUAUGCCAUAUGGCUGUGGAGAGCAGAACAUGCUGCGUUUUGCCCCCAACAUCUAUAUCCUUAGGUACCUGGAAACCACAGGACAGCUGACAUCGAAGAUCAAGAACAAGGCCAUUACCUUCCUGGAGAGUGGAUAUCAGCGGGAGCUGAACUACAAGCAUAAUGAUGGCUCCUACAGUGCCUUUGGAGAACGUGACUCUUCAGGGAACACCUGGCUCACUGCAUUUGUGAUGAAGUCUUUUGGAGGCGCAACGCGAUACAUCUUCAUUGACCCAAAAUACAUUACCAGUGCCAAGGUAUGGCUCAGCCAACAGCAACAAGAAGAUGGCUGCAUAAAGUCUGUGGGGAAGCUCUUUAGCAAUGGAAUGAAGGGUGGAGUCAGUGAUGAGGUGAUGUUGACAGCCUAUGUUACCGCAGCACUCCUUGAGCUGGGCACUAACAGCACUGAUCCCAUGGUGCACAGGAGCCUGUCAUGUCUGAGACUGGCCUCAGAUCAGAUCAACAACAUUUAUGCCACUGCCCUGCUCUCCUACACCUUCACCCUGGCCGGGGACAUUGUAAUGAGGACUCGUCUCAUUGGCCGUUUGGGCGAAGUGGCCAUUAUCACAGACAAAGGCCGUCACUGGGAGCGUGCUGGGGCUUCUGGAAAAGGCUCUCUAGCAGUGGAGAUGACCUCCUACGUGCUCCUAGCACUCCUCUCUGGACCUCCCCUUGCUGACUUUGACUUGAGCUACUCCAGCUCUGUUGUUCGCUGGCUGGCAGACCAGCAGAACCCCUACGGCGGGUUCUCCUCCACACAGGAUACAGUGGUGGCCCUGCAGGCUCUGACGCUGUAUGCUGCUGCCACCUACAGUAAGGGAGGUGCCAGCACAGUGAUGGUGACCUCUACAGGUGGAUAUAAAAGGCAGUUCCGUGUGGAUGAGCACAAUAGACUGCUCUACCAGCAGGAGCAGCUGCAGGAGGUGCCUGGAGUCUACAGUAUUAAGGCCGAGGGCGAGGCUUGUGCAUUUGCUCAGAUCUCACUGCAGUACAAUAUCCCCCCUCCUCCAGACUUCUCCUCCUUCACCAUCAACGCCAGCGCAUCAGGGGUCUGCAACAGUACAAAGAAAACAUCUCUCAAAGUUGAUAUACUUGUCAGGUACAAUGGUGGGCGGGAGGAAACUAACAUGGUGAUCAUCAGCAUCCGUCUUCUGUCAGGAUUCCUCCUGGAUAAAAGCUCACUCACACAGCUGAAAGCUAGUCCCACUGUGAAGCGUGUUGAAGAGGAAGAAGGUCAUGUGAUCAUCUAUCUGGAUGAGCUGAAGAGGAUGGCACCCAUGAUAUACUCACUGACCAUAAACGAUGAUGUACCAGUGAGGAACCUGAAGCCUGCAGUGGUGAAGGUUUAUGACUACUAUGAUAAAAGUGAUGAAGCUGUGAGUGAGUACAGCUCCCCCUGUGCACAGGGUGAUGACUUAAACCAACUGUGAACGGGGGACCAGCCACAUCUUUUUUGUCAGUACACUGGACAAUCUUCAGAUACAUUCUGUAUUUAAUACUCAUUGUUUUAAUUAGGUGAUAUGUAGUAUUGAAUUUUGAAUUAAAGUUUGAGGAAUGAUG